UCCGGAUCAAUUGAGGCGCGGUAGUUUGAGGAAAGGGUACAACACGAGAGUUUGGGGCCGACUUUAAUUAAUCAAGAAGUACUUGUUGAGUUUAGUUCAUGCAUCAUUCCAGAAGUACCUAUUCAGGGCUCAAGGAAAAUAGGAAAUUUGGAAGGAUUGCCAGGCUUCAAAGACUGCUCCCACCUCCACUGAAGAUCCCAGCAAGACAACAUGCCUCCCAAGAAGCCUGAGCCUAAGAAGGAAGCAGCCAAGGCCGCCCCAGCCCCAGCCCCUGCCCCAGCUCCUGAACCCCCCAAGGAACCUGCCUUUGACCCCAAGAGUGUAAAGAUAGACUUCUCUGCUGACCAGAUCGAAGAGUUCAAAGAGGCUUUCUCGUUGUUUGACCGGACGCCAACUGGGGAGAUGAAGAUUACCUAUGGGCAGUGUGGGGACGUGCUGCGGGCCCUGGGCCAGAACCCCACCAACGCCGAGGUGCUGCGUGUCCUGGGCAAGCCUAAGCCUGAAGAGAUGAAUGCCAAGAUGCUGGACUUUGAGACAUUCCUGCCCAUCCUGCAGCACAUCUCCCGCAACAAGGAGCAGGGCACCUAUGAGGACUUUGUGGAGGGGCUGCGCGUUUUCGACAAGGAGAGCAAUGGCACCGUCAUGGGUGCUGAGCUUCGCCAUGUCCUUGCCACCCUGGGAGAGAAGAUGACCGAGGCUGAAGUGGAACAGCUGUUGGCUGGGCAAGAGGAUGCCAAUGGCUGCAUCAAUUACGAAGCCUUUGUCAAACACAUAAUGUCUGGGUGAAGCAGACCCAUCUAGGGUGCCUGGCCCUUGGCCUUAGCCUUUCUGGGGUGAGUUAAGCAAGAGGCCCUGAGUGACUGAGCUGGAACUGGGGUCCUGGACUUAACCGUUGUGCCGCAGCCCCAAGGACUCCCUGUAAAUAAACAGUUUGAGCAAG